AUGGGCACUUUGAUGCACAUAAGUCGCUUACUUUACCUUCCCUUCGAGUUAAGGGAGAUGAUCAGGGGCUUUUCAGCCUCAACCGGAGAUGCAAAUGGACUAUUGAGAUGUUGCCGUCAAACCAGAGACGAAUUCUCUCCUUACUGUCAGCUCCCUGACAAUAUCAACGAACUUCACAAGCUUAAGAUCCUAGUAGACUCGACGUACGACCAUGGAAUUUGGCUCAAGUUUGAUUACUACUGGAAGCAAAAUGGUCACAUUCGCCACGCUGUGAGCGCCAUGCAGGAUAUGAGUGAUCCCAUGGUUUUGCGUCUUGGCAGGAUGAGAAAUAUUGACGGCAUCUUCGUGGCACUACGUGCCCCAAGACGAGGUCACUUUUUCGGGGCGUUUAUGAUGAUGUUUGCCAAGAUGGAUGAUGUCUACGCCUACAUCUGCAACAGGUCAAAGUUUCGCAAAAACAAGGGGUGGCCCUCAGACGCCAGAAUCACCAUUUGUUUUACCACUGAAGGUGUGCAAUCCAGCCAGUCAACAAGAGAGGCAAAGAACUUCUGGGAGUACCGAGCAACGAAGAUACUCGAGGAUCCUUUAAGGCAGCAUAUAACAGACCGGGCACAGAUGCCCUACUUCUACGAGUACUUUCUUAUUUUUUGGGCUAGACUGCUAAGUGUGCCCACGAUUCUUCACGAUAGAGCAGUACGGAGUCAUGGGCAUCGAGGCUAUCAGCUACCAGCUCGCAAUACCGUGCCUGGCUAUUUGCGAAAGGAGUUCAAGGAGACACUUCUCGACUUCCAGAAGAACAUCGCCUCGUAUGCGGCCAGGAUGCUAGUUGCAGAUGUAAAAAGCAUAUACGACCCAGAAUUGUCUGGCGUUAGUAAUGUGGGAGCUCCAGACCAGCUGGCCUGGGAGCAUAUCAACUACCACACAAAGAGUCUCAGGGCCAGGUAUCAAUUUAUGUUAGACAACUUGGUUGGCCCUGUCGGAGGCUGUUUGGAUAUGUUGCGCUUGCAUCGUUUCAAGACGAUGCUUUUGUCACCACUUAAUUACUUCAGCCACCAUGAAUGGUAUGUUGGAAGAGAUAGUGGUGGACUUGCUGGAGCUUCUAGCAAGAUCAAUCGUUACCUGAGGGCACUAUUUGAUCCUUACGCGACAGGGGAAGCUCUCCGUCUGCGACAAACAUGUUCGCAUCUUCGUGCGGUUCCUUGGGCCACUGCUUCUCCAACAAUUGCUCUUGAGUCUCGUUCUUCCUCCCUCUGGUUAGAGCACUAUCCCAAUGGUAUUCGGUACUACUGGAACGGCACGAGUCUCGUCGAAUGGAAUUUUCGAUGGGAAGCGAAGAAAUAUCAGUUACGCAUUGGACCACGCUGGAGAGAGGAUAUGGUGGCGCGUUUGAGCCGAUGGUGGGAAUGCAUGGGGUGCUGUCAAGGUUCGCUACAUUGUAUGAGCGAGCUUGCAUCCCCUUGCGACCGAAGGCGCCUCCGAAGUUCGUAUGCCUUCGUUCAGGACUACGAUUCCGAUGACCCAUAUGACCAGUUGCAGUCAGAGGAUAUUAGGAACGGCCGACCAGUGAUAGUCAGUCGAGAGUGCAUUCGGAAAUUGAAGUUCAAGAAGGGCAGGCAUUGGCUUGGUGGUGGUUGCAGCUAUCGGAAGCUCGCUUCAGAGUAUACAAGUUGGAACAUCAAGUCACGUUCCAGGGAAACCACUACGGAGAAGAAGGAGUUCAAGUUGGUAUGCUGUGCAUACUCAGUUGAAGCUUUGUGUAGUGAGCGAGUUGCUCGUUGA